UCUUAAUGUACCGUUCUAAAUAUAAAGAAGAUUUUGUAAAGAGAAUUCGUGCGUUAGUUGCAUUCUUUGAUUAUUUAAUUAAGUGGUGCAUCAUGCCGAUAGAAGUAAACAUUCAAGAGAGAAGGCUUGGUUCAGUCUUGAAACUGAGAUGUAUGAUUAGCCUUUAUUCUUUGAAUGCAAAACCCUUGGAAACCAUAUCAAGUCAACAUUUUAAUGUCACUGACUUAGCCGAAGUGCAGCUUCGAUUUAACUUCAAGAACAAAAACUUUGUUGAAUGUUAUAUUUUAGCACAGAAUCAUAUAAAGGCAGAAAACAUUGAAGUAAAAAUUAAAGCAUCUUGUCAAGAAACCUCUGAACCAUUUUACUCAGAAUGGAUUUGCGACAAUCAAUGGAAAACAAUUGGAAUCAGAGAAGAUUAUGAUGUCAAUUUAAAUUGUGUGUGUACAACCUUGCUGGAUAUUAAUAUUUCAGCGAGAAAGGUUGGCCCUCCGCUUCUCCUAAAUCUUUACAAUGAUGUUGAUUUUACUGACUUCAGCUUGAGCACAUCUGAGGGCAGUGUGGGCGUACACAAGGCAUGUCUAGCAGCCACCAGCGAUGUGUUUCGCGCUAUGCUUAGUCACGAAUGGAAGGAAAAGGAAGCGGGCCACAUUCAGAUGGAGGGGGUCACUGUGCAGACCCUUAAACAUUUAAAGGACUACAUUUACAUUAGAAAGCUGCCCGAUGACGAUCUAAAGCCUUUACUUACACUCGCCUCCUGCUACUUAAUUGACGAUCUUAUAGAAGAUUGCGUCUCCAAGUUGGCUAUGAAAAGUAGUUCUGAAGACUGGGACAGUCUUAUAGCCUUCGCCGCAAGGAAUCAAAUAGUUGAACUAACAAGAGCUAUUCUGCUUGUGAAUCCAACUUAUGAGAUCAAAAAUGAAGUCGACUAGAACGGGCAGAAGAACUUACUUUAAAUUUAUACUUAAAUAUAACAAUAUAAUUUAAUUUUUUUUGAAUAAUAUUAUUUGUAAUCUUUUAUUCCUUUGAAUUUAAUAUAAUAAAAAUAUCAAAUAAAA